CGCUUUUGGAGCAAUGCAGACCGGAGCCGAGCUGAUACUUUUCUUGGUCCUGAUCCCCCUGGUUCUGGGCCAGACAUGGGAAAGGCACGAGACUCUGGAUAAUGAUGGGAUCAUGAAUUUGUACUGGACACCAGAUUUGGAGAGCGGAGAUAUCACAUUCGAGCUGCACGCGAAGACCCAGGGAUGGGCCGGAUUGGGCUUCUCCGCUAACGGUGCCAUGCCCGGAUCUGACAUUGUCGUUGGAUGGAUCAAGGAUGGACAAACCUACUUCACGGACAGACAUGCAGUAGGAAACGAGCUGCCUCUGGUAGACGAGAUUCAGGACUACGAACUCCUCUUUGCGUCCGAGACUGAAGAAGGGCUGAUCCUCAGAUUUAAACGUCUCAUCGACACCUGUGAUGAAAACGAUUUCUACAUUACAUAUCAUCCUUGGGUAAUGGAAGGAAACGAAGAAUACGUUCACCAUUUGACGCUGAUGACAUGCACGGUGAACGAGGGCGAGGAGGAGAUUUUCGAGCAGUUCCUGCAGGAUUAUCCCCAUGGUUCCUCCUGCUUUGAUCCUGAGAUCAGUUUCCUGAUUGGGAAUUGCCAAAGAAUCCUCAUGGGUUGGGCUGUUGGCGGAGUGCUUUUCCCAAUUUUAUGGGGGAUCGCGGUUCGAGCAUCCCCCAAUGAUCUCGAUCCUGGACAACAGGCUCUAGCUCAGCUUGUAGGAUGCCGAGCCUCUCGUGACAAAGCCGAGCGACGUAAUCAUUCCACCUCAUACGAAGUCUACAGAUACAUCUUUUGC